UUUUGUUUUAUGAGCAUGUUUAAUAACUUCAAAGACAUCCUUUCAACCUGAAACGGAAUAUAGUUAUUUUAAAAGACGUCUUUGAAAAUGUAGUAGAGAAUCCCUUUAGGUUCUUAAUCUAACAUUCUCACAUGUUAAGAAAAAAAAUUAAUGAUAUUAUUUUUUCGAACGUUCAACCGGCAAUGGUCGUCGGCAUCAACCUGUUGCCUCGAAUUAUUCGAAAAGAUAAACAUGACCGACCACGCGCAGUAACGUUCUACGCCUCACGCCUAGCUGAUUUGUGUAUCGUAACGCGGAGCUAUUUUUGAACGGAUCGCGUCCAGCAUGUUUUUAUGACAAACCAGCUUCGAACUGCGCAAACCGUAUCGAUCCUGGUACCAGAACCAGCGAUCUCCUGCGCAGACACUUCCUCCGUUGAGUUUUCAUUCGCAACGUACCCAUCUAUCUGAAGUGAGGUGAAAAUUUUUCGAUUCUUUUAAUAUGUGCAAAAAUUGAAAACGUUAGAUUUGUCCAAUUUUGGAGUGGUUCGUCUAUCUUCCACGGAUGGAAAAGGCGAGAGUUUCGAGGCUCGAAAUGUGCACCAGAAAUCUGUCCUGUCCUCUGUGCUGUCAGUCGAAUUUCCCGAAUAUCGAUGCCUUACGUAUAAGCUUGCUAAAGGUUACCUCUCGGCCAUUAAAAUGUCCGAUUUGUGCUGACGAAGUGUUGGGAUUGGAUAAGCUAACGAUUCACCUUUUUGGGCAUUCCCUCUUGGGACAGGAUGAAGAAACGGGCGAGGCAGAUGAUAAGCCAGGUCCUAUAACUAAUCAACUCAAGAAUGAACGGAAGUCAAGCAAAGAAUCGUCGAAAGAAUUUGCUAAUCCUAGCCCGAGUAUUACAGCUCCAGUUAAAACAGUGCAAACCAUCAUCGUAACAAGUAGCAUGAAAUGCGACGUUUGUGGAGACGAAUUUCGUGACCAUAAUUUAUUGCGCAUGCAUAAGAGUGUAUUUCAUGAGUUUACCGGGUCACACGGCUCUGGCUUCAGACUGGAGAAGGUUGAUAACCGAUAUCCAUGCACGAUGUGCUCUAAAACCUUCAAAAUGAAAGGUUCACUGAAGAUUCAUAUGCGUGUUGUACAUUUAGGUUAUCCGAGAAAGGGUAGCAGCAAUACGAAUACUGGUGUUAGUAACAGCAGCGUUCCUACGAAUACAAUUUCAUCUGUUACUGUGACACCUGUUUACAAAAGUCGUGACGUAAUUUCACGUAUUAUCUCCAAUACGGUGCCAAUCAAGCCUUCAAAUCUUCUACCACCCCCUUUGCUACCAACUACGAACCUAACGACGCCACCAAUACAGCAUCUUCCUCAACUGCAUCCCUUGUCCCCGCUGUCGCAUCCGAUAACACUUCAAUCUUCACCUCCGCCACUUCAACAAUCUUCUACUUCAUCCCUUCCGAUGCCCAUUAGUGAAUCACAAAUAAUAAGAAUCAUCGAUCCGAGUCAGUUACCAGAGUUAAUUUAUCUCCCGAAAACCAUCCCUGCAUCUCCCACUCAACCUCCUCCGAAGUCACCUCUGGUUGAGUCUAACUUCACCAACCCUAUCGCCUCACCCAAUGUUCCUUCUCCGAAAGUUGAAAACUCUGUACCCUCUCCUUCGCAACCUUCCCCUCAAUCUAAUGCAGUAGGUUCCGGCGAAAGUUGUAAACAGUGGGAGUGUGACGUUUGUCUCAAGAGCUUCACCACCAAAUAUUUCCUCAAGAAACACAAACGACUGCACACAGGAGAGAUGCCCUACUCGUGCCAAAUCUGCGGCAAAGCCUUUACCUUUCAACAGUCCUAUCACAAACAUCUGCUGUACCAUAGCGAUGAAAAACCACAUGUUUGUGCGGUUUGCGGCCGUGCGUUCAAGGAACUGUCCACUCUACACAACCACGAGCGUAUUCACAGCGGUGAGAAGCCCUUUUCCUGCGAAACAUGCGGGAAAUGCUUCCGACAACGCGUUUCUUACCUCGUCCAUCGUCGAAUACACACCAAUACCCAACCGUACAAAUGUACCGCAUGCGACAAAAGUUUCCGCUACAAGGUAUCCCAACGAACUCACAAGUGCUUGAUGCAACCUCCGGGUACUGUCGUUCGUCAACCGGGCGAUCUGCUCCAGAAGCUACUCCAAUCAUCCUCGAUACUCCCGACGUUGAACGAGACCACCCCAAUCACCCACAACGAUGAACCGGCCCUGUCUCCGUUAAACGUGCAAUCGGCACCCAGUCCCAUCGAAAAACCGCAACCGUUGGAUGAGGAUCAGUUCAAAUCCGACGAAGAUAUCAACCGCACUCUCGAUGAACUGCUCAACGAGUCCUACGACAAGAUGGGCAUCGGUGCCGACCAGGCGAAUAAUCUGUACAGUCCCGAUGGUAGUUCGACGAUUGAUUCGACGGCACCUUCUGCCGUCGGUUCCCAGGCAGAGUCUAGUCCAGGAAAUAUUGUUCCUAGAAUCGAAAACCUCUGUUUGCUAUCACCUGGAUCGCGAACAAUGCUAGCCUACGACUCCGAGAAUAUGGAGAUGAUCGAUUCAAUUAAACUAGAUUUGCUCUACAAUUAGCAAAGAUUCGUAUUUUCAUUAGGUUAGCUUUUAUCUUAGAAGUGAUAAGGUCUCUAUAA